AUGGCUUCUAUAUUUUUUCCUGCACUUGCAAGAAGUAACAUUUUUCCUUCUAGUUCAAAGGAUUCCAAAGACUUUGGACGUGUUAGAAUUAAUGGUCUCUCAAGCUUGAAGAAAGGAUUUUUACCCUCUUUCAUAGACCGUCGUAACUUGCAAGAAUUAACCAUCACCAAUGUCGCCACCAGUCCUAGACCUUCUGUGAUCAUUCCAGAUCCAUCUCCACCAAUGGAAACCCUCAAUGCUCCUAAGCUGGCUGCGUGGAAAAGCAUCCGGCAAGAAAGAUGGGAAGGAGAGCUUCUUGUGCAUGGAGAAAUCCCACUCUGGCUGAGAGGGACGUACUUAAGGAACGGCCCGGGGUUAUGGAACAUAGGAGACGACUAUCACUUCCGCCACCUAUUCGACGGCUACGCCACUCUCGUCGGCCUCCACUUCGAUAACGGCCGAGUCACCGCCGCCCACCGUCAGAUCGAAUCGGAAGCCUAUAAGGCAGCCAUGAAGAACAAGAAGCUCUGUUACCGUGAAUUCUCAGAGUCACCACCCAAACCCCAAAACUUCCUCUCCUACGUAGGUGAACUAGCAAACCUCUUCUCCGGUACUUCCUUAACGGACAACGCCAAUACUGGCGUCGUCCGCCUCGGCGAUGGCCGCGUCAUCUGCUUGACAGAGACAGUUAAAGGGUCAAUUGAGAUUGACCCAGAGACGUUGGAGACGGUAGGGAGGUUUGAGUACAGCGACAGGUUGGGUGGGUUGAUCCACUCGGCGCACCCGGUGGUAACUGAGUCGGAGCUUCUGACGUUGCUGCCGGAUCUGAUGAAUUCGGGUUAUAGGGUGGUGAGGAUGGAAGCGGGGACAAAUGAGAGGAAAGUGAUAGGGAGAGUGAGUUGCAGAGGUGGGCCUGGGCCUGGGUGGGUACACUCCUUCCCUGUCACGGAAAACUAUAUCUUAGUACCUGAGAUGCCGUUAAGGUAUUGUGCUCGGAAUCUGCUGAGGGCGGAGCCUACACCACUUUACAAGUUUGAAUGGCAUCCUCAAUCUAAAGCCUUCAUGCAUGUCAUGUGUAGAGCUACUGGCAAUAUUGUGGCGAGUGUGGAGGUUCCACUAUAUGUGACGUUCCAUUUUAUAAACGCUUAUGAGAUCAGGGAAGACGACGGAGGGAGUGUGACGGCUAUCAUCGCAGACUGCUGUGAACACAACGCGGAUACUUCAAUACUUGAUAAGCUCCGGCUGCACAACCUCCGGUCUUGGAGUCAUCAAGACGUAUUGCCUGAAGCCAGGGUUGGGCGUUUUAUAAUACCUUUGGAUGGAAGGCCAACUGGGGAGUUAGUGUCAGCUUUGGACCCAGAGAAGCAUGGAAGAGGGAUGGAUAUGUGUAGCAUCAACCCUUCCUUGUUGGGCAAGAAGUAUAGAUACGCUUAUGCUUGUGGAGCUAGACGCCCUUGUAACUUCCCAAACACACUCACAAAGAUUGAUCUAUCAGAGAAAACAGCCAAGAACUGGUAUGAAGAGGGUGCUGUGCCAUCUGAACCAUUUUUCGUGGCGCGCCCCGGUGCAACAGCUGAAGAUGAUGGUGUUGUGAUCUCCAUGGUGAGUGAUAAGAAUGGUGGAGGAUAUGCAGUGUUGUUAGAUGGUAGCAGCUUUGAAGAAAUUGCGAGAGCAGAGUUUCCUUAUGGUCUUCCAUAUGGGCUACAUGGAUGCUGGGUUCCCAAGAUGGAAUAGAACUAGUC